AUGGCUAAUGGUAAUGGGAAUGAGUCAUCAGUUAGUGGCACUGAAUCGAUGAAAAGGGUAAUGGAAAGAGCAAUAGCGGUUAUUAGCUUUUUGCAAGCUUUACAAACUAACAUCAACAAUGGGAAGCCGGAACGGCGAGAAGGGCCGGUUAUCACAAAACAGUUCCAGGAUCUGAAACCCACCACAUUUACUGGCAGCCCAGACCCAAUGAUAGUAGACGCCUGGGUUAAAGACAUGGAAAAGAUUUUUCGUGCCCUACCCUGUAUCGAGAGACAAAAGAAGGCAUCUGAAUUCAUACAUCUUAAGCAAGGAACCAUGAUGGUGGCCGAAUAUGAGAGUAAGUUCACACAACUCGCUCGGUUUGAAACAUACGUCAUCCCCACUAAAACUCGAAAAGCAAGAAAAUUUGAAGCGGGAUUGGAUGCUGGAAUAAAAGACAGACUUGAGGUCUUGAAAUUGCUAACCUAUACAGAAGUGGUGGAUCGGGCAUACAUAGCAGAAAAGGGAAUUAAAGCCUCACGUUCUGGAGAACCAAGCUUCAAGAAGCGAUUCUGGAAAAGGGAUAACAGAAGACCCGGUGUUGCACCUCAUAAAAAGUACUGA